GAAUUCUUCAUGGUAACAUAAGAGUGUUGGAUUCUGGACUUUGGACACAGGUGAUUUCUUACACACUGCACAAUGCUUCAAGGAGUCUCAGAGAUUGCUGCAGUGGUCGUCGGGCUGGUCGGGCUGAUUGGAGCUGCGGCUACAACAGGGCUGCCCAUGUGGAAGGUGACCGCUUUCAUCGGAGAGAACAUCAUAGUGAUGGAAACCCGCUGGGAAGGCCUCUGGAUGAACUGCUACCGGCAGGCAAACAUCAGGAUGCAGUGUAAGGUGUACGACUCACUGCUCUACCUGCCCUCGGAGUUACAGGCGGCUAGGGGUCUGAUGUGCUGUUCUGUGGCCUUGUCUGGACUGGGGCUCCUUGUGUCUCUGGCGGGAAUGCGGUGCAUUUCCUGGAUUCAGGGUAAUGAAUGGGCUAAGACCAUUAUUCUGAUGGUUGCAGGUGUUAUGCAGUUUCUUGCGAGCAUUUGUGUCUUCAUCCCUGUGUCAUGGACUGGCCAUGUCAUCAUUAGAGAUUUUUACAAUCCAUUGCUCAUCGACGCCCAGAGGAGAGAGCUGGGAGAAGCACUCUACAUCGGUUGGGUGACCGGCGCCAUCCUUUUCGCCUCGGCCAUGUUGUUCCUCUGCCGCCGCUUGCCAUCAGACAAAGGCUCAUUUGACGUGUACCACCCAGCUAACUUACUCAGUUACAAACCAAGACCAAGCAAGCAAAAUAUGAUUGGGUAUAAUCCUAUCUCAACUCUUUCAAGCCUCAAAUCAACUCAGUACAAUGGCUCAGUUGGACCACAACAUGCAAUGCCACUUCAAACUGUGCCUCAGAUAAUGACGAAUGAUGGCACGUUCAUCCACCCUGCGGCCGUUGCCUAUAACCCGGGUUUGCCAGAAAAUGCCUCGCUGUUGUAUCAAGGUAGCAUGGCUCGUCAUCCCUCCAUGCAGAGUUCCAACCACGUGGGAAGCAUGUAUACUCCAGGAAACUCCUUGUACAUCAGCCAAAACGCCACACCAUAUUCACUGUCAGCCAAUCCCACUGCGUCCUACCAAUCCAGCUUUUAUCCGGUUCCACAAACUCCGAUUUUCAUUGGAUAUAAAAGAUCAGUAGUUGGACCACAGUCUUACAGUGGGAGCAGUACUGUCGGUGGUGGUGUAUACAUCUGAAGUGGAAUUUUGUGGAUGAUGAAAUUUUGAUAAUGGAUUAGUCAGUUUUUUUAGAGCUUUUCUUAAAUUAAUUGUAACAAGUUCUCUGAUUUUUCAGCUUCUUAUUUGUGACUAUGUUCUGGUUCUCUGCUGCUCCAUAUGACAAAGAAAUCAUUAAAACUCAACCAUUAUCUGAAAUGUUAUGGUCCAAAGAAUUAAUCAAGAAAAUAAUCCACAGAUUGAAGGCCUGAUGCUUUUUAUACUUUUAUACGUAUAACAGCAUUUCUGAGUGAAUUUAAACUUCUGUACAUUAGUUAAUGGGAAAAAAAUGUAACAUUCAAUUAUUUCUGCUGCUACUUCUUCCUAAUAUUUAAAUUUUAAUUGUGCAAUGAAUAUAUUUGUCACAGUGUCAUGUAAUUUGUAAGUGAAGUGCACUUACUUUCUGUUUCGAACAUUGUAGCCUAUUUUGUGUCUUUGUAACCGAUUUAAAUGAAGAUAUGUGGUCAUUGUUGCUUAUUUAUUUUUAUUGCUUAUUGAUUGUUGUUGCUUGAUCAUUAAAAAGGAAAUUUGAGUAA